AGAGCAUGUGGUCACAUGUCUUACUUCAAUGGAGGAGGAGGAGGAAUGGGAAGUUGGACUAAUCAACGCCCUUGGAGAAGCUCACCCAACCGAGUUGAAAAUUUAAUAGUCCAACUGGCAGAAAUGAUAAAGAAAAUUCCUAGAAUUUACCCAUUCGUUCAGCCAUACAUUCCCACCACAACCGCGUUCUGCUUCUGUCAUCAUAUAUGUAGACCAGAAGCGUUAGCCUGUCUCUUGCCUUCUUCUUUUCCACUUCUUGACCAUUUCAAGUUUUGUGUCUAUCCUAUAGAUCAUAUACAGCCCCAGGUUUCUCCUUCUAGUUUCACACUUUCACUUGCAUUUCAUCCAUUGUCUGGGUUUUUUUAAGGUUUAUAUUCCAUCAUAAGAAAUAGAGCAACCCAGUUGAUAUUUAUUUUGAUAAUGUUUCUUCCUAGAGCUAUUUAUGCUUUGACCAUUCUGGUUUCCACGCUUCUAUCGUCUGGCAGUGCAAUUCGAUCAUUUCCGACCAAGCCGACAUGUGUUGGAGAAGAAUCACACGGCGGAUUUGGCAUGUCUAUUCAAUUCUCUGAGGCACCAGAGUACCAAAACGAACCCAAAUGCGCUGCCCUGGCAAGAGAGAGUAUGCUCUCUGUCUGUGACCCUUCACUUGUUCACAUCGCCAUGGCUAUCGAUUUUCAGUACUUGAGAGGCUCUGUCGCGGCUGUACAUUCAAUUCUCAAACACACUUCUUGCCCUGAAAAUAUAUUCUUUCAUUUCAUUGCUUCUGAUUCUAGCUUGGUGAAUAUAGCAGAGCUUACUCGGAUUGUACGGACGACGUUCCCUUCCGUGAGUUACAAAGUUUACAUCUUCAAGGAAAGUACAGUCCAGAGUCGAAUAUCAUCUUCCAUUCGUCAGGCUCUUGAUAGCCCAUUAAACUAUGCAAGAAGCUACUUGGCCGACAUAAUUGAACCCUGCGUUGAACGUGUAAUUUAUCUAGAUUCCGAUGUCAUUGUUGUCGACGACAUCCAGAAGCUGUGGGGGAUUCCUCUGACUGGGUCAAGAACAAUUGGGGCUCCCGAAUACUGUCGUGCAAACUUCACCAGGUACUUCUCUGAUGAGUUUUGGUCCGACCCUGAUUUAGCCAAGGUUGUUGAAGGGAAAACACCUUGUUAUUUCAACACGGGUGUGAUGGUGAUGGAUUUGGUGAGAUGGAGAGAGGGCGACUACACAAGAAAGAUUGAGAAAUGGAUGGAAAUUCAGAAAGAGAGGAGGAUCUAUGAGUUGGGUUCUCUUCCGCCAUUUUUGUUGGUUUUUGGUGGAGAUAUCGAGGCAAUUGAUCAUAGGUGGAAUCAGCAUGGGCUUGGUGGGGACAAUGUUGUGAGUAAUUGCAGGUCUUUGCAUCCAGGUCCUGUGAGUUUGCUGCACUGGAGCGGCAAGGGGAAGCCAUGGGCUAGGCUUGAUGGGAGGACACCUUGCCCAGUUGAUUAUCUUUGGGCUCCUUAUGAUCUGUACAAACCCCAACCCCACAGACCAUCCUCAGCACCAUCAUCAUCCAAAGUAAAAACAACAGUGACUCACACAUUCUUCUAGUACAGUAUAAUGCGAUUCUUUAAAUUCUUUAUACGAUCAAUAUAUGAUAUUCAUUUAUGUAUAUACAGAACCAGCAAACUCGGCGGAAAUUUUGUAUCGGAUUUUUUUUUUUUCAAUGGUUUUUGGUUGAGAACAAAUUUGGCAGUGAGUUGUCUCAUGUAAUGGAAGAACCCCAUACUUCAGUGUAGCUUCUUAAAAGCAGAAAACAUGUUAUCUGUAAA